AUGUGGUAUCCGCCGCAACAACACUGUCAGCCACCAAGCUGGCAUGUAUAUAUGAAUAAUAAUUCAACACAACAACAACAACAACAACGAACUUAUUUGAGGACUUCAUAUUAUUGUAAUAGUGAUGAAUCAUCGAUUACAAAUCGAACACAUGCUAAUAUAGUAUCAAUAAAUGAAAAGAAUGAAUCAUUUGUUCAUUUUAAUGCAAUACAACACACUGAUGAAGUUAACGUUACUGGUACGGACUAUCAAAAUAUUAAUUCUACCGGUUUUUAUAGUGAUGAAAUGUUGUCAUCACCGUCAUCAUUAACUUAUCAAACGUCAAAUACACAUUGGAAUCCAAUUAUUAAUACAUCAACAAAAACAUCGAUUAUAAUUAAUACAUCACAACAAAAUUCUAUUAAUACAAAUACAUCAUCAUCGUCAACGUCAGGUUGUUGGGAUUGGUUACUUUAUUCACCUGAUAUUUAUUCUCAUUUAUAUACACCUUCAUCGUCUUUCAUUCAACAACAUCAACAACAACAACAAGAUGAUGAUCUUGAUCUAUUAGCGAGAUUACCAACAUGGUUACUCGUUUUACUUUAUCCAUCUAUGAAACAAAAUCAUAAUAUUAUGGACGAUGAGAAUGAUAAUAAUGAUCAAGAGAUUACUUCUCUUAAUAAUAAUAAUAAUAAUCAUGACGAGGCAUUAUUAUCGAUGAAUAUCGAUAAACAAAUUAAUCAAGUCUCGUCAAAUUUAUUCUUAUCGUCCGAAAAUACUCUUAAUAGUCAAAAAAUUCAACAAAAUCGUUCAUCAACACCUGAUACAGAUGAUGGUUAUCAAUCAGCUAGUGAUGCUAGUCGUAGUGAUUGUUCACAACAAUCAUCUUUACAAUAUGAUCAUCAUAAUAGUAAAGAUGAUAUUACAAAUAAUACAUCACCAUCAUCACUUACGCCAAAACGUAUAUCAUAUGCAGCUGCUGUAAAACCAAUAGAAACAUCAAUAAAUAAUAAUAAUAAUAAUAAUAAUAAAAUAAGUUCAUUAUCAACACCAAUUAUUAAAACAAAAAUUAAUUCAUCAUCAUUAACAAUAAAUGAUAUGUUAAAUAAUAAUGGUCAAAAAUUAAAAUUUGUUGCUCCACGUUUUGAACGAAUGCAUCAUGCUAAACAAAAUUCAUCAUCAACAAUAACAACAAUUAAAGAUUCAUCAUUAACAAAUCGAACACAAAUUCGUUCGAAUAAUAAUAAUAAUAAUCAACGUAAUCAUAUGAAUAAUUUAGCAAGACGUCGUUAA